GGGACAUGGGACUCACCUGCCGUCAGUCACUAGUGUGGAUCGUAGCGGCCAGGAGCCCCCGAGGCAUCCGUCUAGGACCCCGCAGAGAGCCUGCCCUGAAGGCCCUCCCACCUCGUUCUCGUGCCUCCCCCUGAGAGAAAGAGAGAGAAUGUCAGAGCAAGGGGAAUCGACUGCCCAGUCAGCCGAGGCCACUGGAGCGGAGCAGGAAGUCAGGACCCCAGAGAACGGCAUCAUUCAGUCGGACAGCCUGGAUGAGGAGGAGAAACUGGAACUUCAGCGGCGGCUGGCAGCCCAGAACCAGGAGAGGAGGAAAUCCAAGGUAGGGGACGGCAAGGGCAGGGCGAGGAGGUGUGAGGUGGAAAGUGCGGCCGGCCCCUUCUCUUCUUCUUCCCAACAGGAUUCGAUUCAGUUACAGCUUUCCCGACUGCCCAGCCUGCAGGAGGAUGACAAACCUAGUAAGGAUGACUCGGAGAGAGAAAGAGAGAAGGAGAAGCCCAAAGAGAGGGAGAAAAGCGGGGAAAAGCCCAAGAACCGAAUGUUGUCCAAAGACUGCAGCCAGGAGUACACAGAUUCCACAGGCAUCGACUUACACGAGUUCCUGGUCACCACACUGAAGAGCAAUCCCAGGGACAGGAUGAUACUCUUGAAGAUGGAACAAGAAAUCAUGGACUUCAUCAGCGAUGACAAGAACCAUUACAAAAAGUUUCCUCAGAUGUCAUCCUAUCAGAGGAUGCUGGUACACCGAGUGGCUGCUUACUUUGGCAUGGAUCACAAUGUGGACCAAACUGGAAAAUCUGUCAUCAUCAACAAGACAGGAAGCACCAGAAUACCAGAGCAAAGGUUCUGCGAACAUGUAAAAGAUGACAAAGGCGACGAAGGCCAGAAGCGGUUUAUCUUGAAGCGGGAUAACUCUAGUAUUGAUAAAGAAGACAACCAGCAAAAGCGAGUCCAUCCCUUUAGAGAGGAGAGACGCCGCCAGUCUAUGGAGGAGAGAGAAGAGGAGUAUCAGAGAGUGAGGGACAGAAUAUUUGCACGAGCUUCAGUUUGCUCCCAGGAAAGCCUUUUGGUGGAGACCAGCGGGCUCUUGGAGGCCGGGAGCCUGUGCCAGGAAAUCCAUAGGAAGAGGCAGCAGUUUAGGGGGAAUCGCGACGGCUCCGGCUCCGGCUCCGGCUCCGGCUCCGGGAGGACGUCGGGCAGCCGCCAGAGCAGCACGGACAACGAGCUGAGGUGGCCCGAGUGCCAGAGGCCGUGGAGCAGCACCGACUCGGACAGCUCGAGCCGCAACCUCAAGCCCGCCAUCACCAAGACGGCCAGCUUCGGGGGCAUCACGGUGCUGAGCAGGGCCGACAGCGCGGCCAGCUCCAGGAGCGCCACUGGCAGACUGUCCAAAGCAGGCUCUGAGUCUUCCAGUAGUGCCGGCUCCUCAGGUUCCUUGUCACGAGCUCAUCAGCCUCUCGUCCCUGGAGCAUCCGGCCCAUCUUCAGGCGGUGGGACCUAUUCUGAGAAUGGACUGAGUGGCCAGACGGCCCCUGGCAACCCCAGCUACAUCCUGCUCCCACUUGAAGCUACGGGCAUCCCUCCAGGCAGCAUCCUGCUCAACCCCCACACAGGCCAGCCCUUCGUGAACCCCGAUGGAACGCCGGCCAUCUACAACCCCCCCGGCAGCCAGCAGCCCGCGAGGAGUCCGAUGGGGGGCCAGGCCCAGCAGCAGCCUUCCGCCCAGGCCCCGCAGCAGGGGCAGCCGCCCCAGCAGCAGAUGGCCAGCCAUCUCGUCACCCAGCCUCUCCAGGCUCUGCAGGCUUCGGCUCAAUCAGGGCCGUACCCCUCGGUCUCCUACCCUCCCCAGCAUCUCCUGCCCGUGUCUCCCGUCCAGCAGUUUCCUGUGAGGGAUGACAUGGCCACCCAGUUCAGCCAAAUAAGCCUGAGCCGCCAGUCGUCAGGAGACGCCCCCGAGCCUCCGGCUGGGCCUGUCUACCCGCAGCCCCUCCUGCAGCAGCCAGGCCAGCAGCCAGGCUAUGUCCUUGCCUCUGCGGGUCAGCAGCUUCCUCCUGGAGGGUUCUCAGGCUCCGGGGCUCCCCUCUCUCAGCAAGUCCUCCAGCCGUCCCCAGCACCCCAAGGGUUUGUGCAGCAGGCUUCCCCUGCCCAGAUGCCAGUCUACUAUUACCCACCGGGUCAGUUCCCUACCUCAUCGUCUCAGCAGUACCGGCCAGUGGGCUCAGUCCAGUAUGGUGCCCAGAGGAGUGCCCAGAUGCCACAGCCCCCGCCACCUCCUGCUGCCCAGCAAACAGGUUACCAGCCUGUCCUGUCAAAUCAGCAGCAAGGCUUCCAAGGCCUCAUGGGAAUGUCGCAACCACCUCAGAGUCAGAACCUGAUGAGCAGCCCGCAGGGGAGUCAGGUGCAAGGCAUGAUGGUCCCUUACCCAGCCAUGUCUUCUUAUCAGGUGUCCAUGACUCAGGGCUCCCAAGGCCUGCCCCAGCCAUCCUACCAGCAGCCCCUCCUGCUCCCCGGUCAGGCGGGCCCGGGAAGCCUCCCCAGCGGCGGCCUGCCCGUCUACUGCAAUGUCAUACCUCCAGCGGCCCAGGGCAGCCUGAGGCUCGUGAGCCCCCACUGCCCCUCGCAGAGCGUCCCCGUGAUCUCGGCCAGCUGCAGGACGACCUGCGCCAGCGCCCACAGCCCGGGCUGGCCCGUGAAGUACUAGAGCCGGAGAGGCGGCGUGUGGCUGCCCCCCCGGGGCCCGGCGGACGCUCCCCCACCAGCGGGGACCCUCACCAAAUGCUGGCCGGGAAACGGUGCCUACUUCUGCCGCGUCUGCCAGGGACGCGACUCUUCCUGCCACUCAGCACCACUGUGUCGAUGGGACGUUCCUCCCGGGCUCCUUCUGUACUCUGCGUCGGGUCUGUGAGACGAUCUAAUAAAGUCACCUCGUACCAAAGCAGAGUGGCUGGACGGAGGCCUCGUCUGUAGAGCUCUUUGUGGACGUAUCCGUACGGCGCGCUUUGAUCCAAAUAAACGGUCUGACCUCGUGGAGGCAGC